CCACUGUCAGCUGCUGUGCAGAGUCAACGAUCAUAUCCAAAGUCAAUGCAAUCAUAUCAAGACACAGCUACAGCGCAGCUGAUCUACCAUGUUGACUCGCUCUAGAUCAAGAAGCACCGAAGUAGAAGGGGAAAACAGCUCCCUGUCUCAAUCUCAGGCCUCCAGUGUAGGAGACAGCGCUCCAUAUGAAGAGGUUGUAUCCAGGAAGAGAAGAGAACGCUCUCUAAAUAGAAAACGCCCCACCCAUGUGGCUCAGUGGAUGUGCAUUCUGCCAGAGGAUCCUGGUAAUCAAUUCAACUGCUCCUUUGUUUCAUUGAAGGACCCUAAAAGUGCGUGUGCAAGACGGUACUUGCUGAGGAGAAGGAGAGGAGGAAAUUGUGUGAGUGUUGAAAAUGAGCUGUAUGAGGUGAUGAAGUUCAGCGACGGGCCUCGCUCUUGGUUCAUUGAUAACACACUGCAAACAGAUGGAUCCCUCUACAUGUGUACACCCAUUGAUCCAUUAUUCCUGGCCUUGCCCUACUUGCUCACAGCUGCACAGACUGGCAAGUCCACAACGCUAGAUGGUAUUCUUGAGGACCAGUCUACAGUAUGUUGCCAAGUACUGGAGGCCUGCAUUGAGCCUGAGCAGUGGGAGCAUGUCACAGACAGCAAAAAGCUCUCCAAUGGGAUGAAGGUGUUCAAGUACAGUUGGGAAAAGACUCGGGCUUGGCUGAGAGGAAAGGUGGAAGCUCUGGGGAGUGGGCUGGAGAGAGAGGGUGUGUAUGCUGGAGCUGGUUCAAUGAGUACCACAUUAGUGAGGAGCAGCAAACAGUCUAUUGUUAGCAGAGAGGAUUAUUUGAGGUAUGCUUGUGGAGUAAUCUCAGACUACCUUCCCAAGGCAUUAGCUGAUCGACUGGCAUUGGACUAUCCAAGUCCCCUGGAGUCGACUGUAGGGAGUGGUAAGCACAAGAGGGGAGCUGACGGUUAUGAAGACAGUAAAGCCCCUCCUAAUAAGAAAGGGUGCGCCAUCUCUUCUGAUGGUGAACCACUGGACGAUUACACUAAGCUCAACAGCACAGCUUCUCAACCAAAGAAGGUUGCUCCGUUGACUUCGGCACAGAAGGCUCUUGCUAAGGUGGACAAGAAAGGCAUGAAGGCAAUUAGCAGCUUCUUCUCAAACAGAAAUAGCUAGAUAGUCAUUUUUAUUUUUCACGUUCUGUUAUACACUUGCACUUGCUUUUCAAUACCAAGUAAUGAACCAAC